AUGCUGGUUGGGAAUAGCACCAUCUUGUAUGUGAUCCAGAAAGACCCAGUUCUCUACAAGCCAAUGAGCCACUUCCUGGCCAUGCUGGCUUUCACAGAGCAGGGCGUGUCCCUGUCCACCAUGCUCACGGUCCUCGGCAUCUUCCUUGUGGGUGUCAUGGAGAUCGACUUUAAUGCCUGCCUGAUCCAGAUGUACUUCAUCCAUUCCUUUUUGAUCAUGGAGUCUGGCUUGCUCCUGGCCAUGGCCUUUGAUCGCUUCGUGGCCAUCUACAGCCUGCUGAGGUAUUCAGUAAUCCUCAACCACAGACGCAUCAGGGCCAUGGACAUCGGCCUCAGCCUCAAGAGCACAGUGCUGAUGGCGUCCCUGGCCGUCCUGCUGAAACGCCUACCAUUCUGCCACUGGGAAAACGUGCUCUCCCACUCCUACUGCCUUCACCCCAACCUAAUCCGCCUCCCGUGUGCCGACACCACCCUCAACAACAUCUACGGCUUCUUCAUCGUCGUCCUCUCCACCUUCGAGCUUGACUCUGUGCCCAUCUUCCUCUCCUGUGCCCUGAUUCUCAAGACCGUGCUUGGUAUCGUGUCAGGGGAAGGGCAGCUCAAGGCCCUCAACACUUGCUUCUACCAUAUGUGCCUGAAAACCAAGGAAAUCUGCAAGGGGAUUUUCAGGAAUCUGAUUCAGAAGAGUGGCAGGCCCUAG